CUCUCAUUUUCUUGCUCCCUUCCUCCUCCCCCUCCUAAUUUCUGUCAGCACUAAGCACAGCUAGAGGGAAAGAAGAGGAGAUGGCGGUGGCUGAGACGCAGCUGUAUGCAAAGGUGUCCAACAAACGCAGGAGCAAAAGCCCUUCUGCACUCCUCGAGUCUCUCCUGGCCAAAGGAUUUCCAGCUCACAUUGCGCAAAAAGCCUUGGUUGCUACUGGUCAAAAGUCAGUGGAAGAUGCUGCAAAAUGGUUGCACUCUCACUGCAACGAUCCUUCUUUGGAUGACCCUAUCCCCCAGGAAUAUGCUCUUUAUUUGUGCCCCACUGGCCACUUGUUUAACUGCCUGCAAGAGUUUUGGAAGGAGAGCAAGCGCCAGUGCGGGAAGAACAGAGCCCAUGAGAUUUUCCCUCACAUCACACUCUGUGACUUCUUCACGUGUGAAGACCAGAAAGUGGAGUUACUGUAUGACAUCUUAAAGAGAAUCUGCAACAGCUUUGCACAGAGAUUUCCACCAACUAUUUCCCUAUCACUACACUCAUCCACCAGCUACAUCGGUUUCUUUGUUGGUGACAGCCAUGCGAAUAUCCUCAAAGAGUUUGCUGUGGCCUUCUCUUCAGAGGCUUCAGCCCUAGCAGACUGUCAUGUGAAGCCCUGCCUAAAGCAGCUCCACCUUACCUUGGCUCACAAGUUCUGUCCUCACCACCAGAAGACUUUGGAGCAACUCGCCAAAUACAUUAACCCAGAGGAGACCUGCCACUGGGUAGCUGCUCUCUACUCAAGGGACAUGCGUUUUGUGCAUUACCAGACACUGCGGGCUCUCUUCCAGUACAAGCCCCAGAAUAUUGACGAGCUCAUGAUCAAUGCUGGGGACUUCAUCUACGUCAACCCAACUCAGCAGUCCGAAGUCAGCGAAGGUUGGGUCAUCGGGACCUCACACCAGAGUGGGUGCAGGGGUUUUCUUCCUGAAAACUACACAGAGAGAGCCAAUGAGUCAGACACGUGGGUUAAGCACAGGGAAUAUGCUUUUGUGCUAGCUUCAAAAUUUUUGGCCCAAUCCACAAAUGAACCUAAUGUUAAGCCGAAUGGAGAAGUCCGUAAUCCUGUUAUGUCAAGGAGUGUAACCGAUGUUCUUUCACUUCAGCUUUCUCAGAACACCAAUCUGAGAAGAGGUGUGCUGGUGAUGCGCCAUGGGGAAAGAGUUGAUCAGGUCUUUGGGAAGUCUUGGCUUCAACAGUGCUUAACUGCAGAUGGAAAAUACUACAGAGCGGACCUCAACUUUCCUUCCAUCCUACCAAAACGGAAAGACAGCGUAAAGCAUUUUGAGCAUGAUCCUCCUUUAUCUUCCUGCGGCAUUUUCCAGUCAAGACUUAUAGGGGAAGCUCUGCUGGACCAGGAGGUGACAGUCAGCUACAUAUACUCAUCGCCUGCCCUACGCUGCAUACAGACAGCCCAACAUGUACUACAAGGGCUUAAAUUAGACCAAAAAGUCAAAAUCAGAGUGGAACCAGGACUGUUUGAAUGGACCAAGUGGGAAGCAAGCAGAGUAAUUCCAAACUUUAUGACUCUCACAGAACUGACAGAGGCUUCUUACAACAUAGAUACAAGUUACAGGGGAAACAUCCAACUCUCUUCUCUGGUCCCAUCAGAAAGUUAUGAGGAAUAUGUGAGCAGAAGCUCUGCAGUUAUAAAAGAGAUCGUCACUGCCUGCCCCAACAAAGGUAUCAUCCUCAUUGUGGGGCAUGGCUCUUCCUUGGUAUCUUUCACCCAACCUCUGACAGGACUCCCUGCCAAAGACAGCAGCGACUUUGCCCAUGUGGUCCGAAAGAUCCCUUCUCUAGGCAUGUGUUUCUGUGAAGAGCUCAAAGAGGAGAAGAAAUGGGUGAUGGUUAACCCUCCAGUGAAGACAUUAACUCACGGAGCAAAUGCAGCAUUUAACUGGAGAAAUAGUAUCAUGGAAGGUUAGAAGGCCAGCUUUGUCCUUGCAGCUGCCAAAAACAAUCUGAAGAUAGCUUAUGGUACAGCACAGUCCAGUGAUACAUCUAGAAAAGUUAGAGUGGAUGAGAGUUGUCUGUUGUCCUCUCUGAGUAGUCAAAGCACAGAAAGCAGUUUGGUGCCUGAACUUUGCUUUCUUCUCAGUAACUGAGGAAAAAGAACAUAGGACCUGGCAUACAAGAGAGCAAAUUCUACUGCUAAAGGCACUCUAGUAGACAUUAUUACAUCUUCCAAGACCAAAAUACAACCAGUUCAGAUGCAGUAAAAAUUACUUGUUUCAUGCAUUUCUAUAUUUUCAGUCAGCCAGAGAAAUAGAGAUUGAAAAAAGCAGUCUCCUACCCGCAGAUAUCAGCUCUACCUAAGGCCAGUUGGUUUCCUGUUGACUCCUCCAGUUCUGCAAGAGCCCAGGAGGAGGGGAAAUACCAUACAGACAACAUGUUUACCUCUGCUACAAAGUAGGUUCAUCUUCUACCACAGCAAUUCUCCCACUAAGUGUUUCCACAGUGAUCGGUGUUGCAAAAAAAAAAAAAAGGCUUUCCUUCAGAGAAAAUUGAACCAAUUGCUUUAGUGUUACUGGGACAAACAAAGAUGCUUUAGUGAUACGGUGACAAAACCUUGAUUUGAGCAACUCUGACUGCUGAACACUUCCUGAGAUGGCACUGACAGGGCAACAGCCAUGCUGUGUGCUGCUCUGUGCCAAAUCAUAUAAAUGGUGGCACACUGCCAGAUGGUCUCUGUUUGACUGGUCUCUGUAGCUCUUUGCUUGAUUAUUUGUUUGAUUAAAAAUUUUAUGCACAAACAGGAACAUGCCUUUACAGGCAUGUUGAGCUUCUUUUCCAAAUGAUCCUCUCAGAUAACUGCCUCUAGGAAAGCACUAGGUUUUCUUUCAAGGAAAGCAGAAAGUUUGAGGUUUCACUUUCUCUCUUUACAUGGUUAAAAAAAAAAAAAAAAGGUCUCAUCAUCACUCUUCUUUUCCCUGUUCUUUCUUGAUAGGUCUUUCUUGACAUCUCUUUGCACUUGUGCCUAUAGCUUGAGGGCACACAAGGGGAGCCCAUCCAGCACACCACACAGGAUGUGGGGCAUCCACCAACCUCCUUUAACAAUGACAUGGAGAUCUCCUGUCUCAGUCUUGCACCUGAAAUCAUUCAUUUUGGUUUCCCAGAUCCAGCAAGGAUGGUUGGGUGCCUGUUCUUUUAAAUAGCUUUGGACACCAAGGGGUCAGGAGUGGCAUGGGAUGAGGACCUGGCCCUGGGCAUGUUAUUCCCUGGUGCUUCCAGCUUCAUUUCAGCUGAAGUACCAGCUCUCCUUCAUUGCCCAUGGGAUCUUCCUAUCUGUGAAUGCUGUUGCUUUUGGUGAGAUUUAUUCUGAUUUCACCAAGUGAUUGCAAUCUGUAUCACAGGUGCCACUGGGGAAUACAUAAGGCCAGAGCUGCCACUGCAGACUGAAGCCCAAAUGUAAGAGGGUGGUGCCUGGGACUCUGACUGUCUGUAUGUGAUGGCGUUGGUGUGGGCUUCUGAAUUGAGCUUUUUUCUAGGAAUACAGCCUCCAGAUGGAGAAAUGGCUCUGUUUUAAUGCAUGGGAGCAGCUGUACUUUGCUGCUGUUUCACACUGCUAUUGUCCCUCACCUCUGACAAGUUCCCUUUUGAGCUCAAAGACAGCUUUACAGUCUGUGUCUCAGGCCUCAGCCCAUCUGCAAUCCCUCCUCCCUGUGUGAGAAGAAAUGCAGGCAAAUGGCAAGCAGGGCCUCUCUGCUCCAGCAUGACACAUGCUUGGGCAUGGCAUAAGGGGAGAAGUCUUGUGUUUGGUGACGCUUCCACGUGCACUGUUUGGAGCUAAAUAAAAGCCCAGGUGAAGAUAAGGAGGGGCAGGAGCGAUGGCAGUGCUCUCAGUUCAUGUGACAAGGGAAAAAGCUCACUGCUGAAAUGGCACCUGUAUCUUCCUUUAAAACAAUAAAACACAAAACACCUCCUCUCUCUUCAUCGAGCAGCAUCAGAUCCAUUUUCUGUGUGGCUCCACUAGAGCGGUGAUCUGCAGGUACAGUGUCUUCCUGUUUCUUUGAACAGCUCUCUUGUGCUUUUACCACUGUACACAACAUAGUAAUGAAAUACUUUGCUUUUCAUGCCUCUCCACCUGCAGAAUGCUUUUAACAGCCAGUUUAUUGCUCUCUACCCCUGUUCACGUUACUAAGUUAGCAAGCCCUGUUUGGCAGGGCUUUCCUUACAGGUGGGGGCAUAGGGGAGGAAUUCAACCGAUUUACUCAAUUCUAUCAUGCAGAGAGCCCACAGAGCACCAAGAAUCCCAUUUGCAAACCAAAUAUGCCUGGUAGGAAGGUCGUUAAGACAUUCGCACCACAGAAAAAGACAGUGUGUUGGUUUUCACUACAUAUGCACUCCAAUAAUUUCAAAUUUGUUGAAUGCAGUGAAUUAAACCUCAGAGCAUGUAGGAAAGAGGGUUUAGGGACUUAAAUAUUUUUCUUGUGGUGUUUUCUAAACCUCAUACUGCACCACUGAGCUGAAGAGGAGAAAAGUUUUGUUGCAAAGUUUUGUUUCAGCUUUUACAGACUUUAUUUCAACCAUCCAAAUUAACUGAACAGGCACAGAAGUGGCAAUUGUAUCUGAGGCUCAAUGAAAGGGCAAGGACAAGCUCUUCUACUCACAUGGGCCCCUUUUUGGGCUUUCCUAGAACCCCAUAUGAGCAUAGACUCAGCUCCAAAAAAUAUUUUGUAGGAUCAGAGCUGCAAUUCAAUCUUUCUUCUACAACCUACAAUCUAAGAAUCUACAAGGAUUCUUAGUUGUAAAAACUGGUGCCUAGAAGAGAGACAGAAUUCCUGAUGGGAUGUAUUCAUCAUAUGAAAUAAAUUGCUGAACACAGGUAAAGCUUUGAUUUGAUUUGAUUUGUAGUAAGCAAAAGAAAUGGAAAAUCCCACGGUUUCUUGAUUUUUUCAUGCAGCUUCAAAAUUAGAUAUUACCCUAUUGUAAUUCUCUUUAGUUGGAUCUGUUUCAUUACAAAGUUGUGUACUUUAACAGAUAAUUCUGGUAGCACAUAGAAGAUCUGAAUGUUUUGCUUAUAUCUUAAAAACUGAAUAUGUAAAUUCAUUUGUUAAAGACGUACAGCGAAGUUAAUCUCUGGUGACACCUUGUGGGAAAAGAAAACCUCAGCCUUACAUGCCUAUAUAGGAUCUUUAGAUGUGAUUGAAGGAUGGGGGAGGAGGGAAGCGAUGCAUACUGUUUUUUAACAAGAAUGAGGAACACUAGAUUAGUCACUCCACCCAUACUCUUUGAAAAGACAAUAACAAAGAAAUUCAUCAUUUAAUCACGAUUUUAAGCACACAACUUGAAGAGACACUUGAGUCCAGUUCUUCUGAAAAACAAAAGAGCAAAUCUGUGGUGUCUGUCCUGAUUUUUCUGAAGCCCUUUGCCAGCACUGAUAUUUGUUCAAAGCAAAUGUGAAAAUCUG